AUGACAUCUACGUCCAAUACACCUUUUGCGACUCCAGCGACCUCGACGCCGAACUCUAGACCUGGCACUCCAAACCUAUCCACUCCCCCGACCACUGCAGCUGCGGACAACCAGCUGCAAGAUGACUCGUCAAAGCUACGGACUUUUUUGGGGUUGUUGAGAAAAUUUGUUGGCGUCGCAGACAUCGCAAAUGUUCGAUUUUCUUUGCCUUCUCAAUUGAUAGAGCCUAUCCCGAACCUAGAGUAUUGGCAUUAUCUUGAUCGUCCCGAGACCUUUGCAAGCAUCGGCACAUCAGAUAGCGAUCUCGGGCGUAUGCUUGAAGUUCUCAGGUUCUGGUUCACAAAGGAUCUGAAAUACGUUAAAGGAAGACCUUGCAAACCUUACAACUCGACACUCGGAGAGUUUUUCAGGUGUAAUUGGGAGAUCAGUGACACCGCACCGUCAAUAUCAAAGCCAUCCAAAGCCCCGCCACAGCCUUCCGCCGAUCCACUCGCUCCCACCGACAAGCAGACUCCAAUCACAGUGUCUUUUCUGACUGAGCAGACCUCCCACCACCCACCCGUUUCUGCAUAUUACUACGACUGUCCGGAACGGGGCGUCUCUGCACGAGGUUAUGACCAGAUUUCGGCCAAGUUUACUGGCACUUCUGUCCGUGUAAUCCCCGGCAACUACAACCGCGGUAUCUUUAUUACCCUCAAAAAUCGGGGUAACGAGGAGUAUCAACUCACCCAUCCCGCCGCUGCACUCGGUGGCCUCCUGAGAGGGUCCUUGUACAUUUCAGUCGCCGAUACAUGCACAAUCACCUGUCCCGCGACAAAACUAAAAUGCAUUCUCACUUAUGUCGAAGAAAGCUGGUUCGGAAAAGCACAGAACAGGGUCCAUGGCGUCAUCUACCGCUAUGACCCCGCAGAUGACAAGUAUGUGAGAGUCAAGGAUGUGCCCAGUAAGGACGUCCUUGCGAAUCUCGAAGGCUGCUGGCAGGAGCAGAUAACAUAUACAAUCCCCAAGAGCGACGCUGUCAAAGCCUCCAAAGAUCUCGACCCUACAUCGGACAAACAGCUUCUCAUCGAUCUGGCACCACUAAUGCCCGUACCCAAGAUUGUACCCCCACCAGAAGAGCAGCUGCCGAAUGAAUCGCGGACAUUCUGGAAGGAGGUGACGUCAUCAAUCCUCGAGAAGCGCUUCGCUGAUGCCACGAGGAUUAAGCAGGACCUGGAACAAGCACAGCGCGACAAGGCCGCCAAGAGAAAAGAGUUAAAUGUUGAAUUCCAACCCCGCUUCUUUACUGCCGCCACAGAAUCCAGUGGAAAGCCGGACUUGAACGAAGAAGGUAGACAUGCUCUUGACGGCAUGCAAAAGAGAGCUUUUCAUCUAGACCCCAAACCUGAGGAAGGGGUGGAUGGUGCGUCUCCCGCUGAGUCGAACAAUGCCACCUAG